CUUUUGGUGUUAAAAACAAGUCUGAGCCGAUGUUUUCUCUCAUUUUUCACAAGUUACUGUGGGUUUUGUUGACGUAACGACAGUGCAGCACCGGUCAUCGCUUUACGGCGGAGCGUGCUGCUGGAGGUCAGAGGCAUGACGAUAACGCGAGAUUGGUAAUAUCGAAGCAAAAAGACGUAAUUUUCGCUCUAAAAAUCCAGCAAGACCAACAAAUACGACCUGUGUUGACGUUUCCUUCUGGCAGUAGUGAAUUCAGGAGCUCGUCUGAUAUACGUUUGUCUAAUAGCUUGAGGGUUUCGACAUAUCUUGCUAACGUUAGCCAGUCGGCUACUGUAGCAACUCCCCUUCAGCCUCCUGUUUGACUCUCGGAACAUUUAUCCAAGCAUGGAUAACAACUCACAAGGAUCGGGGGGAGUUAAAGCAGGCCUGGGGAGUCUUUUUGGAGGGGGUGCACCUCAAUACUCCAACACAGAGCUUGCAGGUGUCCCACUGACUGGAAUGAGCCCUUUGUCCCCUUAUCUCAACGUGGACCCACGUUAUCUGGUUCAGGACACAGAUGAAUUCAUCUUACCUACAGGGGCCAAUAAGACAAGAGGAAGAUUUGAAUUGGCUUUCUUUACCAUCGGAGGCUCCUGCAUGACUGGGGCGACAUUUGGGGCAUUAAAUGGCCUUAGAAUGGGUUUGAAGGAGACCAGAGACAUGGCAUGGUCCAAACCACGUAACGUACAGAUUCUCAACAUGGUGACAAGGCAGGGCGCUUCAUGGGCCAACACUCUGGGCUCUAUUGCCUUGCUGUAUAGUGCUUUUGGUGUUGUGAUAGAGAAAGCCAGAGGAGCAGAAGACGACAUCAACACAGUGGCUGCUGGGACAUUAACGGGGAUGCUCUUUAAAUCUGGCGGUGGAUUAAAGGGCGUAGCUCGUGGAGGUCUGGUUGGUUUAGCCUUGUCUGGUGCCUACGCUCUCUACAACAACUGGGACCAUCUCACCGGCUCUCCUUCAUCGAGGCUGUACUAAACUCCCCCACACAGCUGCUUCAACAUUAGGGCCAAAUAUUUUGAGGACGCAGCCUUUAACCACAGCGCUAAAAGGCAUUAGACUCUGGUCAAAUGCUUUUUCUUUUUUUUUCUUUUUUUCCAUUUUUGUUUAGUUUUUUGGGGGUUUUUCAUGGUGCGAAUUGGUCGCAGUUCACUGGUUUCCCAUCAUAGCUGUUUUCCAGGAGCAUUCUGGGAACUAUGAGAUGUGUCUUGGAAAGGUUUUGGACUGAAUUAAAAGGAAAUCCAGACGUAGACCGUCCAGUGACAGUUCUCCUUUCAUUUAUGUUGAUUCUCUGAGGUGUUCCUGUCACUGAUCUGAUCAGUAAUGAGAGCACUCUGUGAGGAUGCGGUAUAAAAAUAUACUUUUUGCGAUGAUUGUUAAUGGAACACAUGUUAUUACGCUAGAUUUUAAAUACCCAUGAUAUUUGGGUUCAGUGAGUCAAUUUGUAAGAUAACCUCCAACAUCUGUCGUGUUGUUUAGCCCUUGGAUAACAACACAUUCAUGUUCUGAUUCAUGUUGGACUGAAAGACUCUUCUGUAAUAGAAAAACAGCUCAGACCUGCAGUCAGAGGGAAGCCUUGGGGUUAGUUUACUCUUCUAUUUAUUGAAACAUAUUGGUUUCUGGUCCACUGUGGAAGAAGAAAUCACUGUAAACUGUACCUUGAAGUGCAUGCUGUUAAUAUGUGUCCAUCAAACCCACUGUAUUAUAGAUUAAAA